AUGGUGGUCUGCUUCCAGCAUGGAAAUCGACUUGACUUCAAUUCUUCCCUCACCCAGGCAGCUCGCAUCCAGGGCAGCUUUCUCAGCGGUUACUACACCAGCAUUCUCAUCUACCGCAUAUUCCUUCACCCCCUCAACUGUUUUCCUGGCCCCUUCGGCUGUAAGAUUACCAGCCUUUUUCUCCCAGUUAUCUUCCGACAUAGCGAAGGAUUUAGGCAGGUGCAGAGAUUACAUGAUCAGUACGGUCCCUUUGUUCGUCUUCGACCAAACUACCUAUCUAUCGCGAACCCCAAGGCUGUAAAUGUAAUAUAUGGGCUGGGAUCGCGGUGUAUGAAAGCAGACUGGUACGACAUUAGCUGUCCCAUGGUGUCGCUACAGACUCUGCGUGACAGAAAAGCCCAUGACGAACGACGCCGCGUCUGGAGCGCGGCAUUUGGGGACAAGGCGGUUCGCGGCUACGAGCAGCGGUUGCUUCCCUAUCUCAAUCAUUUGAUGGCAUACUUCAGCUCGCAGGCUGUCGCUAAUAAGCCUGUCAACGUCAUAAAAUGGUUUGAGCUAUAUAGCUACGACUUCAUGGGCGACCUUACCUUUGGAAGGUCGUUCGGUAUGCUCGAGGCGCAUCAGGACCAUUGGGCCAUAGACUCACUCAAGAAAGUGAUGAUACCGCUCGGCUUUGCCUUUCCUACGUGGUUCUUCCGAGUCGUUAUCUCGAUUCCAGGGCUUUCGCGGGCUUGGCAGCGGUUGUUUGACUUUUGUGGCCAGAGGAUGUUGGAGCGAAUCAAGACGCCAGCUGAGAUUCCUGACAUUGCUUCCGUGCUAGUGGCGCCACUUAAGGGCCAACAGCCCUCACAGGAGCAAUGGGAACUAUUACGAGGGGACGCGCAGUUGGUUGUGCUGGCUGGCGGUGACACAACAGCUACUACCCUCUCCGCCGCAGUGUAUCAAUUGGUACAGCAUCCAGAGCAGGUGCAGCGGCUUCGCGAUGAAGUUUCCCCGUACACAACCGGUCCGUCGCAUGAGGUCUUACAUGAAAAGAUAGCGAACUUGCCACAUCUUAACGCCAUCAUCAACGAGACUCUCCGUCUCCACCCGCCAGCCGCGACUGCGUUACAAAGGAAGACUCCGCCAGAAGGGAUCAUCAUUGACGGGGUCAACAUUCCAGGUAACAUGACGGUAAUGUGUCCACAGAACGUGCUAGGCCAUAGUGAAGCAGUCUAUGAGCGCCCAAUGGAAUUUCUUCCCGAGCGCUGGUACCUGCAGCCAGAGCUGGUGAAAGACAAAAGCGCUUUUGUUCCCUUUUCCAUAGGCCCGUAUGGGUGUAUUGGGAAGCCCCUGGCACUGCUUACUAUCCGCAACACCCUAGUACGACUAGUCACAAUGUUUGAUUUUGAAUACGCCCAUGGAGAGGACGGGAUGGCGUUUGAGGGGAAGGCGAAAGAUAGGUUUACAAUGAGUUUUGGGGAUUUGCAUGUACUCUUCCGCGAGAAAUCCGACAUGUGA